AUGCUUACUCCAGUUGCUCUCAUCUCUCUGAUCCUUUUGGGAUUUGAGUCCCUUGUUUCAAAUCUUGGAAAUGGAUUUAUCAUAGUUGUGAUUUUCUCUAACUGGAUCAAAAGCAGAAAGCUGGCCUCCUGUGAGCACAUCCUGAUCUCCCUGAGCAUCUCCAGAUUUCUCUUACAGUGGCUUGUAAUGCUGAGCAACUUCAUCUAUGUCAGUUUUCCAACGACUUCUGCACUGGGAUGCAAACACAAAGCAUUUGGAAUCCUGUGGGCUUAUCUAAACUUAGUCAGUCUCUGGUGUGCCACCUGUCUUAGCUUCUUCUACUCUGUAAAGAUUACCAACUUUACCCAACCCCUCUUUCUCUGGCUGAAGCUGAGAAUUGCUUGGCUGGUGCCCAGACUGCUUCUGGGGUCCUUGAUCGUUUCCUUGGUCAGCACCAUGCCAUUAAUCUGGAGUGAUAUUGGUUUUGAUUUAUGCAACUCAACAAAAAGUCUAGAACGAAACACAACCUGGAAUGAUGCUAAGGAUAUCCCAUAUAUCUUCUUUGUUCCUGUGCAAAUCCUUGUAUUGGUCAUCCCUUUCAUCAUAUUCUUGGUUUCAUCUACCCUAUUGCUCAUCUCUCUAUGGAAACACACCAAGAAAAUGAAAAAUAAUGUUACUCGUUUCAAAGAUCUCAGUGUGGAGGCUCAUAUAGGCGCCAUGAAAUCUCUGCUCUCUUUUUUUAUUCUUUACAUUAUGUAUUUUGUUACUGUAAUGGUUCUUUUGACAUCUAUAAUCAAAUUUCAACACCCGGUACGUUUACCUUAUGAAGUUCUAUUGUCUGCAUAUCCUUCUGGACACCCCGUUAUUUUAAUUCUGACCAAUCCAAAAUUGAAACAGGUGGCAGUGAAGAUUCUGCAUCAAAUCAAAUGCCAAUUGAGAGAAGGGACUUUAUAA